GUAAAAGAGGAGUAAAGAUGGCGGAGAAUAGCGGCACGGACCCGGCCGUGGAGACCAACGCUGAAGAAAAUGCCGCCGCUAGCGCGACUAUCAUCCAAGUAACCGUAAAAACACCCAAGGACAAAGAAGAAAUAGCCAUCGCAGAAGAUUCAUCCGUCGCACAGUUUAAAGAAGAAAUAUCAAAACGAUUCAAGGCGAAGCAGGACCAGUUGGUUCUGAUUUUUGCUGGCAAGAUCCUGAAAGAUGGAGACACGCUCAGUCAGCACGGCAUUAAAGACGGACUCACGGUUCACCUGGUCAUCAAAACUGCACAGAAGGCUACAGGAGGUGGUAGUCCGCAGUCUUCUGCCUCUUCUGGCCCUGGACCAUCGCAGGGCAACAAUGCCGGGACCACUAACCCAAGCCCGACUGGCAACGUGGGAACUUCCCAGGGCAGUGGGCUGACCCCAGCCCCGUCACAGCCAGCUAAUUUACUAGCUGGGUUCGGUGACCUGUCUGGCCUGGCUAAUUUGGGUAUGGGCUCUGCCAACUUCAUGGAGCUCCAGCAACAGAUGCAGCGGCAGCUCAUGUCCAACCCAGAGAUGCUUUCUCAGAUCAUGGAAAACCCGCUUGUGCAGAGCAUGAUGUCCAAUCCCGACCUUAUGAGGCAGAUGAUAGUUGCCAAUCCACAGAUGCAGCAACUAAUGGAGCGUAACCCAGAGAUUUCACACAUGCUCAACAACCCAGAGUUAAUGAGACAGACAAUGGAGUUGGCACGAAACCCAGCCAUGAUGCAAGAGAUGAUGCGUAACCAGGACCGGGCGCUUAGCAACCUAGAGAGUAUUCCCGGGGGGUACAACGCUCUUCGGAGGAUGUACACAGACAUUCAGGAGCCCAUGUUUAGUGCUGCCCGUGAACAGUUUGGAAAUAACCCGUUCUCAGCCUUGGGUAAUGCUGAUGGCUCGGGAACACAGCCCUCGAGGACAGAAAACCGAGAGCCCUUGCCAAAUCCCUGGAGCCCUCCUGACACCACCACCUCUGGGACGGCUACCACCACUACCAGCUCCACCACGAGCACAACCACGUCCAGUGUGUCCAACCCUCUGGGCAUUGGCUCCUCUAGCCUUGGCAACGGUAUGUUCAACAGUCCUGGCAUGCAAAGCCUCAUGCAGCAGAUCUCGGACAAUCCACAGCUUAUGCAGAACAUGCUUUCUGCUCCCUACAUGCGCACCAUGAUGCAAUCCCUGGCUCAGAAUCCAGAUGUCGCCUCACAGGUGUUGAUGAACAACCCCCUCUUUGCUGGAAAUCCGCAGCUACAGGAGCAAAUGAGACAGCAGUUACCUGUAUUUCUACAGCAGAUGCAGAACCCAGAAUCCCUCUCUGUUAUGACAAAUCCUCGAGCCAUGCGAGCCCUAAUGCAGAUCCAGGAAGGACUGCAGACCCUUCAAACUGAAGCCCCUGGUCUCAUGCCUGGUCUGGUUCCCGGUGGUAUCCCUGGUGCCCCUCUGCCCACAGGGGUGAAUGUGACCCCUGAGAAUUCUCCACCUUCCGACCAGGGCCCCGCCCCUGCACCCGCUGCUGGUACUAGUCCCGCCCAGCAGCAGCUCAUGCAACAGAUGUUACAGAUGUUUGCUGGAGGUGGAGGAAGUGCAUCGACUCAGACUCCAGAGGUUCGUUUCCAGCAGCAGCUGGAGCAGCUGAGUGCCAUGGGCUUCAUCAACAGAGAAGCCAACCUACAGGCCCUUAUCGCCACCGGGGGUGACAUCAAUGCCGCCAUCGAAAGACUGCUCGGUUCUCAGCCUUCCUAAUUCCACCAGCUGAGGGCAUGCAAAGGGAAACAAGAAACGAACAUAGUCCUUCAUCACAUAAAAUCUGGCAAGCCCUACAUAGACAGAAUUCCAAUUACUUUUUAUAAUUUUUGUUGCUUCGAUCAGUUGAUCUAUGAAUCAAAAGCAAAGGGGUUUCAAAUUUGUUUCCUUGAACAAAAAACAAAACCAGAAUCGCUGUGGAAUGACAUUACACUAACCCCUCAUUACUAGUAAGAUGGGACAAAGCUUACAUUUGCUGAACCAAGUUUAGGUUACCAUUCCUUAAAUUAAACCAUACUCAUGUGAGACACUGCGCAAUGAUUAGGAGGAAUAAAAACCAUACGCUUGAAUUCCUAAGCCAAAGGAAUUCUUGUCUGUUGUGAGAAUGCUUGGUUUCCUUCAUUUCUUUCUGUUUCUCCUAAAUCAUGCCUGAUCAAACCAGUAUUUAUUGCAGAAAUGUAGAGCUUACCCUUUACUCCCUUUCCUCCCUUCCUCAGUUCAUGCUGAUUUAAGAGUUCCUUGACAUUUGAUGUGUUAAUUGAAAUCUAAUAGACAUGAACAUGUCAGAGCACUAUAACACCUUGCAACUGACUCUGAUCGCUUACACUUCAGCUGUUUUAGAAAGGAAUGAGUUUGGAAGUGAGAUUCAAGAUGUUCAGUCAUCUCGUUAGUCGUUUGCCUUCUUGAGGAAUGUAAAUUAACCAACGGUAAAGGUUUGUCAAAUGGGUAAGGUUGUAACAAAGCUUCAAUAAAAAUAUUUCUCAGCUUAACGAGCACUGGCGAACGCGGACAACAUUUUGUCUUGACCAUAUCUUUAUGCUUUGAUUAGCCUGGUGAAGACUUGUAUACUGGUUACAUCAUCCUCUAGGUGAUCUGGCAGUAAACCUGGUUACAGCAUGAUAGUGAUGCUAUCUUUUCUCAGUGCUAAACAAUAACCAUCGAAUGGAACUAACAGCUGAGUUUUGAUGUGAAUUAAAAUGUGUUCAUCUUUUCUUUU